AUGGCCAGUUUCUGGGAAAAACUCACCGUGGACGGCAGCGAAAUGGAUAUGUAUGCCAGCGUGCCCAGCAGCAGCGCCGGUUUCUCCGCCCCGUUUCCGGCGGUGGUGGUGGCACAGCAUGGCGGCGGCGUGGACGAGUUCAUCCGGACCAUCUGCGACCGGCUGGCCGCUGAAGGCUACGCGGCCGUGGCCCCAAACCUGUACCACCGCAUCCCUGACGACGUGAUGAACGGCGACCCGCGACCGCGGCCCUGGGACGUGCUCAGCGAUCCCAGCAUCGUUGCCGACAUCAAUGCCACCGUGGACUGGCUGCAAAACCACGACGCGGUCACCGACCGCAUCGGAGUAACCGGCUUCUGCAUGGGCGGGCGCGUUGCCUGGUUGGCUGCGGUGAGCAACCCCCACUUUAGCGCGGUCGCCCCAUACUACGGCGGGAACCUGCUGGUAACCUGGGGCGAGGGCGAGACGCCGCCUUUCGAGCUGGCCGCCAACAUCGACUGCCCGAUGCUGUUCCACUUCGGCGAGGUUGACGAAAACCCGUCGCAGGAGGACAUGCGCCGGUUUGACGAGGAGUUGAACCGCCUCGACAAAGCGCACCAGUUCUACGUGUAUCGGGACGCCGACCACGCUUUCAUGGACUUCACCGGUCCGCGAUAUCAGAAGGAAGCGGCCGACCGCUCGUGGCCACGGACGCUGGAGUUCUUCGGGCAGCAUCUCAAGUCCUGA